UGGCGAAGGUGGCGUCGAUGGUACACUGCCUCACCUUAAAGUCGUCUCUGUCAGGCUUCUCUUCUCUUGUGGCACCCACCGCACCAUGGCCGCGCAGUCGCACCCACUCGAGAAAAAGAAAAAAAGCUUCGACUGAAGGCAUCAUCUGCACACGAUGUUUGGACUUGUUUCUCUUCUACUCUUUAGAUGCAGGAGAAGUUACACAUUAAGGCUUGUGAUGGCAGCACAUAUAAUCUUGUGAAGCUAUUCGAUUUUGUGUGUGGUUUCUUUUGCUUUCUACCAUUUAUUCUUAACCUCUUGUCUCCCGCAAAUGAAAGUCUUCCCAAGUCAAAGCAACAACAAAAAAUGAGCAGGCAAAAUAAGGCUCUACUCCUCUCACUUGUAGUGGUCCUCACAAACCCAACACACACCUUCUCUUCUCCUUCCUCUCCACUUUUCCUCCUCUCUAGGCACACACAACCACACUCCCGCACGCACGGACACAAAUAUCGCUCUCUCGACCAUCCAUGGAGCACCGACGGCCGUCGGCAGACCCGCAGAAGAAAAGCGGGAGGGAGAAGGCGAAGAAGGAGGUGCAGGGGGACGGGGACGAGGAAGGCGAGGAGGUGGCCCCCGGUGGGAGGAUUGGGGAGGACAAGAAGCGGAGGCCAUGCUCUUCUGCCGCGUCGAAGAGGGGAUCGGGCGGCGGCGGUGGCAGCGGGGGCGCGUCUCCUCCUUGCUGCCAGGCCGAGAAGUGCACGGCCGAUCUGGCGGAGGCGAAGCGAUACUACCGACGGCAUAAGGUCUGCGAGGCGCACUCCAAGGCCGCCGUGGUCAUCGUCGCCGGCCUGCGACAGAGGUUCUGCCAGCAAUGCAGCAGAUUCCAUGAGUUAUCAGAGUUCGAUGACUCCAAGAGGAGUUGUCGCCGGCGUUUGGCUGGCCACAACGAGCGGCGCCGGAAGAAUACUACUUUGGAGACCCAGGGAGAACGGCUGAAGCCGCUGCAGGCAAGCAGACCAAGGUGGGAGGAUUCAGACGAGUGACGCCGGAAACUUCACACGCACAAGCGUUUGCGUAUCAGAUGAGAUACUGCAUUCCCCAUGAAAGCAUGCUCUCUCUCUUCUGUCAUGCUAUGGCUUUCUUGCGAACCAACAACUGAUGUCAGAUUUCUCUCUCGUAUUAGGUCCAGAAAAUGCACCAUCUCGUAGUUAGUUUAAAGUAAAUGUAGAUACCAUUAUGGACGACUUUGUUGAAGUGUGUAUAUUGUCAGUUUACAUUAGCAUUUGAGCACUUGACGAGCAUUUGCUUUUGCUUCAAAUCCUGUGUAUGUGGCUCCAUACCGUGAUAUUGUUUCGUCGUUUGUUGUUUUA